AUGUGCACCGGCCUAGCGUACAAAAUGAUGUGCGGCCACUACCUCGUGCACUGGACCUCCCGGUGCCCGAGGAAAUGCGUCCUGCCCGACAGGCGCAACUCGCUGGCCUGCACCUGCGCCCAGUGCGACCCGGAGUUCAACAGGUCGCAGAUCCUGCUGCGAUACGGGGCCGAGCGAGACCGGCUGACCGCGCGGCUCCGCGCGGCGGUGCUCGAGGGCCGCGCGCAGGAGGCCACCACCCUCGAGAGGCGCCUGCGCGACAGGCAGUCGCGCCAGAUGCAGGACCUCGGCCGCACCAGGGUCCGCGGCCUGGACCCUUCGGUCCCCGUGCGCUUUCCGGGCAUGUACGAGCAGUUCGUUGAGGAGAAUCUCGGCCGGCCGGUUGAUUGGGAUAGGUUGUUGAACAGCAGGUGA